CCUACCAUGACCAAGUGCGCUGUAAAUGUAGGACAGAAAUUGGAGUGGAAUACUAACGGAUCAUCAAGCGACAUAUUCGAGGGAAAACCAUGUUUGGAUGUGCCUUUACUGAAUCUGCUCUUUUCAAAUAUGCGACCACAUGCGAUCAUAGGAACACAGGGAAAGUGUUUUUCCUCCCCACCGUUUCUUGCAUUUUGAAACGGAGAAGGAGAGUGGCAGUAAAAUACAACCCUGUGCUAUCUUUCUCCGAUUAUCAAUGGUAGGCAUUGCAUAAUUCACCCUUUUUCCAGCCGGAGCCGUUUCCUCUUUGGGAAGAGGGGGGACGCCGGGAAAAAAAAGACGACUAGACCCAGAAGCUGCCUGCAAUUGUUUGGAGCUAUGUCCUUUUCUCUCGUAGGAAGAACUUGCAGCCACUAGCGGGGGAUCAAGCCGGGGAAGGAUGCAUUUAAAGCUGGAUGUGUGCUGCAUUCAGGGAGAUUCGGCAAUAAUAGCAGCUCUAGCAAAAACGGCGAGUGCGGAGGGCCUGGGAAGCACCCAGCCCCACUAUCUCCUCCUUUUCCUCCCCCCCUGCAGGACCAUGCUUGCGUGAGGGAUGAGGCUGUGCACAGGGACACCAGGCCAGAGCUGCGGCCUACUUCUCACAAGAGCCGGUCUCUCGACUGCAAGAUCUGUGAACACAUUGCCACCAUCAAAUCAGCAUCUUUGGUCAUCAGGUAGAUCCAGGAGCAUGAGCAGGACUUUGAGCUGCGGGAGCAGAUGUCUGGGUAUAAGCGCAUGCGGCGGCAGCACCAGAAGCAGCUGAUCGCCCUGGAGAACAGGCUAAAGGCCGAGAUGGAUGAGCAUAGGCUCCGGCUGCAGAAGGAAUUAGAAACACAUGCGAACAAUACUUACAUAGAGCUGGAACGACUGGCCAAACGGCACGCUGCUCAGACCGACAAAGAGAUGAAGUUAGUUGCAGCAGAAGAGAGGAGGAUACAGCAACAGAUUGUUGCUCAGCAAAAGAAAGAGCUGACUUCUUUCUUAGAGAAUCAGAAAAAGGAGUACAGGCUCUGCAAAGACAAGAUCAAAGAGGAAAUGAGUGAAGACCCUUGCACACCCAAGGAGGAGAAGCAGGAGCGUCUGUCCAGGCACAAAGAAACAAUGCAGCGCUCUCAGGCCGAGGACGAGGCUCACCUGCUGGCCCAGCAGAGGCUGGUCUACGACCGCAGCUGCAGGGCGCUCAAACGCCGGAGUCUGAUCAGGAGGCACGAGUUUGAACAGGAGCAACUCAGAGAGGAGCUGAACAAGAAGAGGACCCAGAAGGAGAUGGAGCAUGCCCUGAUGAUCCGGCAGGACGAGUCCACACAGGACAUGGAGCGACGGCAGCUGCAGAUGCUCCAGAAGCUGCGUGUUGAGCUCAUGCAGCUGCAGCACCAGACGGAGCUGGAGAACCAGGAGGAAUACAACAGGCGGCGAGAGAGAGAACUACACAGGAAACACGGUCUGGAGCAGCGGCAGCAGCCCAGAAACCUGAAGACGCUGGAGAUGCAGAUCAAGAAACAGUUCCAGGACACAUGCAAGGUGCAGAACAAGCAGUACAAGGCUCUGAGGAACCAUCAGCUGGAAGUCUCUCCUAAAGGUGACCAUAAGACGAUCCUGAAGAACCUGAAAGAGGAGCAGACACGCAAGCUGGCCAUACUAGCCGAGCAGUACGAGCAGAGCAUCAACGAGAUGAUGGCCUCACAAGCGAUGCGAUUAGAGGCGGAGCAGGAAACGGAGCGUCAGGCUCUGGAGCAGCAGCUGAAGCAGGAGAUGGAGCUCCUGGACGCCUACCAGAGAAAAACCCAGUCACAGAUGGAGACCCAACAUGAGCGAGAGCAGCAGAAACUGGAGCAGAAGGUGUCCAUACGUAGAGCGCACCUUGAACAGAAGAUUGAAGAGGAGCUGGCGGCCCUUCAGAAAGAGCGUACUGAGAAGAUAAAGCACUUGUUGGAGCGUCAGGACAGAGAAAUGAACACUUUUGACAGUGAAAGUAGAAGCCUGGGCUUUGGCAGCCUGGGAUCUCUGGACUUCCCCAAAGAAGACAACAGAUGAAAGUGGAUUUCUCUCUAGAGGACAACAUAUCCGCGCCGCUUUUUUCAUGUCCACACGACUGCUCGUCUGUCACGUCCAAGGUGGCAGAGCUGGAUAACUCUUCUUCUGUAUUGCUUUUUUUUCCUUCUCUCUUAAAUAUUGCAUCUUUGACUCGAGGUGUUAACGUGCAAUGAGAACUUCUUUUUUGUGAAACUUGAAGGGGGGAAAGUAAAAACAACAAAGACAACAACAACAAUGUCAAUAAAACUCAAACCUAGUCAGUGUAACUCAAAACUUAUGUGUUUCAAAAAUAACAGACUCUUUCCUCCAUGCCAUUUCCUCCUUUUUGGUAUGAAUAAAUCAGGAAAUUUUAGUAAAAAUUGGCACUUUGAUAUGUUUAAGUAGAAGCCCAUCAUGUUUGUAUGAUGCUAAAUGUGCGUGCUACAUGGAGGGACAUUGUGGAAUGUGAGCUGCGGACUUCCCCCGUGGUGUUAAGCUGCUUUGUCUUUUUUUAUUUCUUUAUUUUAGUUUCUUCUAAUUAUUUAAUGCUCUGAAUGUGAAUAUUACUGUAUGGGGUCACUGGAUAAAGUCAGAGUUUUUACUUCAUUUGCUCAUACUUCCAUAUUGUGCUUAUGCAUACAGUAUACUGUGGUCCCACACUUUUCUAGGCGACAGUUCUGACCUUUUUCUUUUACGUAGGAUCAAUUGGCGUUAGCUCGAUCGACCCAUUUCACAACUCAAGAUCCCACUCGGUGAAAAAAUACUGCUUAUAAUUGCAUGCACUUUAAGGACAAAUUCAGGUUGUGAAGUGAAGCAUGAAUCUGUCAGAGAUUUUAGCUGUUUGUAAAUAAAAAAAGCAUUUUUUUGGUUUCGUUUUCAGCCUGGACAUAAGCGCCAUAUUUGAUAUGAUAAUUUCACAAAUGCCUUUAUUUAAGUUGUGCCUGAAGCAGAUUUAAGUUCCGUGUUUGUUCUAUCGAAUUAUUUAUUAUUGACUUACUGAGGCUGGCACCAUUUUUUAUUCUUUUUGGUUUCAUCUAAACUUGUGAAUCAUUUAAUGUUCACUAAUCAAAGUUUCUUGUAAAGGAAAAAUGGUGAAUUGUGCUGUAUAACUUUUGAUAUGAAUAUUUGUACAUGAGAAUAUAGCUAGAACAUACAGAGACAUCGGUCUAUUACUGAUAACAGAGCUUAACGAUAAAGACUUUGCUUCGUUUUUUGUUUUAUAAUAGAGAUAUGGUCAUACGAUAGCUCAAUAUAUUGCUAAGUCGAAUCACUAGACUCUCAGAUUGUAUAAAUGCUGGUGAAUGGAACCACAGACUUCUUAUAAUAUCACCUUUUACCGAUGGUAAAAAUCAGACAAGUGGGUCCAGAUUGAGUAAUUAGUGUCUAAUGAUCAGAUUUACAUAUUUUUUGCCAUGUUCAUUAUGGUCAUUGAACAGGUUGCACAAUGUUUUCCAUUCCUACUGAAUGGAAAGAGAAUUGUUUGGUGCUUAAUUUCUAAUACCACCUUUAGCCUUGUAGUUUUUCGGUCUUGGAGAAACGAUUGAUUUUUACAAACAUUCUGAGACCCCCUAAGAGACAAAAAAAAAACGUACGUUUUUCAAACGCUCAUGACAGAUUUAGAGUACCCCAUGCAGUGAAACCCUCUCAAAUGUAUGAAGAAUAGAAACUAUUUUAUCACGGGUCAGUUUUUUGAAACAUUGUUUAACGUGGUGGUCUUGAAUGCAACCCUCUUAACUGUUUUUAUUUUUCAUUUGGAUGCCACAACUUGUAUUAAUGUUUCCUCACAGGGCUGAAAGGUGGAAGACAUCCCCUGUAUUUAAAAGUAUUUUAAAUUAUGACGACGCUCAAUUUCUGAUGGCAAUAGAUUUAAAUGCUCUUGUUUUACACGUAGAAACCGAAAUUUCUGUUCGACAAGAGUGUGUUUAGAUUUGUCAGCCUUUUACAUUUUCACAAACUUUCUGAUAAAUUUGAUGAAAACAUAUGCAGUACGGCCUUUUGUCUGGUCACAUAUAUCUGAAGCCUUUGCGGACAAAUGGUUCCACAAAUUUAAAAAAAGUGCUAUUGGGGUGCUUGAAUGAGGUUUGCCUGAGAGCUUCAGAACAGUGAUGAACCUUACAAUUUGUGUGGAUUUUACGUUAUUAUGAAGAUGUAUUUAGUUAGAAU